CUGAUAUUGACAUACAUGUACAUGUGAAAAAAAUGAAAUGUUUGUACAAUUUCCUAAAUACAAUAGACUUGUUUUUCUACCAAUGUAAAGUGCGUAAAUAGAAUUGUAUAGUUUUUCCCUCAACCAAAUAUCAACAAAAUGUAUUCCAGAAUUAAUAUAAAGAACUGCAGCUGUGCUGGAGCCUUUUGUCGGUAUUUGAGUUCAGCUGAAAUAUCCACUGCACUUCGACCAUUUUACUUCAGUGUACAUCCAGAUCUUUUUGGAAAAUUUCCAGAACAAAGAAAAAUUAAUGAAAGUUCAUUGCAACAAUUAAGUGCAUUAUUGGAAGCCCAACAAUCAAGUAGAAGUUUAUCUGUACCUCCACUGUCAUUUUAUUUAAGGCAAAAGAAUAUGCCUGAAGUAUCAUUUGUAGGUGAAUUCAAACUAGUAAAGAUAAAAUUGCAAGGUUCUAAUGUCCGUGAAACAGUGGUGAAAGUUUUACAUGCAUGUGACAUGUCAACAAACUAUGUGGACAAAAUACCUCGCAGCAAACCUCGGAAUGAAUUUGUAAAACCCGAUUUUGCUAAAGCAUAUCAAGAGUUCAAAUCUGAAUUUGAUAAAGCAAAUGAAAUGAAAAGAAAGGUGGAAGAGAGGAAAGCUAUCAAUAAUGUUAUUGAAUGGAUUCAUGACAACGGCUUUAUUGCAAAAGAGAAAUAUGAGUCAACAAUUGCCACAAGAGGACAAGUGAAAAACCUUAUAGAUAGCCUUUGUUCAUUACAUGGUAUUAAAGAAAUAAAAUACGAUAGUGGAUGGAAAAUAAGCCACAUACGCGGUGCUCUCCAAAGCUUAGUUUCUUUGGCUUCUCAGCAUGCAAAAGUUAUGUCGAAUUUAGAAGGCAGGACAAUAGCAUUAGGACAAUUUACGGGUGUAAGCUUAGAUGGCGAUGUUUUCCUUAACAUCAUCGAUGUAAGAAACGAAUGGCUUUCGUUAAUAAAAAAAGUUAGCCAAGAAGACAGUGCCUUAAUUAUAAUACCUAACUACGAAAAAGCGCUAUCGAGCAUUUUGAGAGAAAUACACAUUUGCAGAAGAAAAUACAUGCCCAAAGUAUCAGCACACCAAUACUGUAGUCAUCUCAGACAGUUGAUUACUUCAAUCGGCGACUUUUACGGGCGCGGCAAUAAGUUUCCAUCCUCUGUACCAAAUUCACUCAGCAAAUAUGAAAUCGUCGUUGAACCCGAAGCUGGUCCACUCAUGGUAUCCCCCACGGGUCAAUUCAUAACGCCUUCGUCUUGUCCAGCCGAUGAACUAAUCGCCUUCAUAGCCAACAACCUUGACGAAGCCACCACUUUGAUGACGGAAUACAGCAUAAAUAAACACGUCGAAAAAGCACUUUACAAGGAGGUGAAGGAAAGAUUUGGCCUGUUGGAGCUAAAUAAAGAUGACAGCAUAACUCCAGCUUUAAUGAUUUUAUGCUGUCAAAGAUUGCUUACUCGAAUAGAUAAAAUUGGCUCGAAAUUACAAGGGAACAUUCUAUACAUAACACAUUACUACUCUGUACUCUCAGACGGUGUGUUGUGCAUACCUUGGGACUUCAAAUAAUCAUGUUGAUUAUUAUAUGUAGAUCAAUGUAAAAAAAACAGUAAAAGAUACUGAGCAUAUUAAACAAAGUGGAUUUUCAUUUUAUUUUCUUAUAAUAUUGAAACAUGUUGUGCGCGAUAAGUUUCUGUUUGCAAAGAAAACGAAUUAAAAGAGUUCGAAUGUUUAUUUACAAUAAUUAGCAGUCUUUUAUGAAUAACAUUAAAAAUAUAAUAGCAUUAAUAUAUUACAAAGAUGAAUAUAUUGUAUAAAUGUAAUUUAAUAAAUUUAAUCUAUUACAGAAAUUUAAAAAAAUCUAAGUAAAUAAAUAUAUACAAUUUUAAAUUUUGCUGAACAAUGUGUCCGCUAUAGAUGGAAUAUGUACCUAUUGAAAAUGGAAAAUGUUUUUAAAUGAUAGGUUACAACAAUUUCCAUUUCAUGCUUAAAAAAGUAUUAAUUUAGGAUUCUAUGUCAAUAAAUAAAAGGAGGAAAACAAAACGCGACAAGACGGUUUAUUUAUUUUAUUUGUCUAGCGUGUACUAUGUGAAGCUGUCUUGUCACAUCAAACGAAAUGUAAAACACGAGGACGAGGUAAGUACUCCAUAAAUCAAUAAAAAGCGUUCACUGCUACUACGAUUGCUGCUUCUAAAAUACAAAAAGUCUGACAUAAUAUAAUUAUCUCUUUACCUGUCGUCGUACAGCAGCCGCUUCGCACAAUACAUAGUGGAACGAAAAGACCGGCAAACAUAAUUGGAGUGCCAAUUUCCAAUUAGGGAUUUUUUAAUCAGACAACACCAUUGAAAUAACCACUUCAAAAUUUGGCCAGACACGAGCGACAAACCACCCAAAAAGCGUCGGCUAAAGCUAAGAUGGCACUAAGCACCCACCUACCACCUAGAGACCAAGUGCCAAGCUUACGUAGUAAUACUGCAUAAGCGUGUGAAACGCUCCCAAACGUCGCUAUAGAAGUUUGCCCCUGUACCCUAAACACGAAAACAUAGCAAGAAAGUAUAGACCAGGGUCGAUAAUUUUUGAGACCAAAAAAAUUAUAGUAGGAUGAAACCCAUUGGAAAAGGUAGAGAAUAGAACAAAAAUGAAAGGAAAUAGUAUAUUUCAUUACUAGUACGGAAUGGUUGUCAUUGCAAAGAGUUCCGACAAAUGUCUACCCGAGCCGAAGGCGAGGGUUGACAGUCGGAACGAGUUGCAAUGACGGUUCCGUACGUGUACUGAACGACUAUUUUUAAUACAGUUGCGAAAAAAUGAAGCAAUUUAAUCAAAUUAUAAAAACACAAUAAACUCAAUUAACUAAUCAUUUAUUUCUUAUAAAAGUUAUAAUUCACAUACACAUUGAAAUUGGUACAAUUCUUUAUACUAACUGGGGAAGUUUUACGUUGCAUAUUUACUGUUUGAGACAAACUAUUAUUAAUUUCGUAUGAUUGUUCAUGUAUAUUUGUCAUACAAUGGGGUUUGCUAGUUGAUGGAAUUGGAUCUGAUGAAUUAUCAUUAUCAACGAAGGUACUCGUAGAUGGACGAACGUUCUCUUCAGCAUGUGAAGGAGACGGACUGGACCUUAAAUUAAUGGAUUGUGUGAUCUUUUUCCCAGUUUCUAGUUUGUUGUUUAAUGAAUCACCAAUAUAGCUUUCUGCAACUUUGUCCGAUUUCCAACCACCUAGUUGCUUUAAGGACGUCAAAUUGGCUCCUGAAUCUGCCAAUAAUGUAGCAGAGGUCCUUCUGAAGCUGUGCCCAGUAUAACACUCAGCAUCCGGCAGACCAAGAAACGUAGCUAUUUCUUUUGGCAUAUUACCAAAUUUGUUUAUGCCGAUUACUUGAGCUGUACACUUCCCUAUUUGGAAAUUUUGAAAAAAAACGGUCGGAUUUUCCUUUUUGGGACCGCUGGUUCAUAUAUUUUUUCACUAUUGUGAGAAAAUCUCCUUCAACAACAAAGCUUCGCGGUAUCUUAUUUUUUGUGUUUGGAAUCUUGAUAAGUAGCAUUUCUCCAUGGGCUUCAAUAUCUUUUAAAGUAAUAUUGGCUAACUCCUCUCUGCGGCAAGCUCCAACAACGCCAAAAAUCAGAGCAACCUAGAAAACGAUUUGAUUCAUAUAACUAAUGUAUUGACUGUAUUUUGCGAUUUUGUAAACUGAACACUAAAGAAAAAUGUAGAUAUGUAUACUUAUUAAUAAAUUACCUUUGUGGCUAAAUAACAAUCAUCGGGAGCUUCUUUCAAAAACCUUUCCACGUCAUUCGAUGUUAAUAUUUUCGACUUUUUACUGGUAAACCCG